UCCGUCAGGGAGGCAGGAGGCGUAAAACGAGUCCACACUGGGAAUUUAAGCACGGCGAGAAGCUGGCACCGGUGGUUCGGGCAUGGACAACGCGGGAUUUUGGAUAUUCCUGAUAGCAACCUGUGUUAUUCCAGGAAUAAAUGGCCAGACUGUGGAAAUGGAUGAUGGGAAAUCAGGGUAUGUUGGCUCGAAGGUGGAUCUUCGCUGUCGGUUCAUCAACAGCUCCCCGCCUGUCAAAAUCUCCCAGGUAACAUGGCAGAAACUGGUGAACGGCACCAAGCAGAACGUGGCAAUCGCUAAUCCCUCCCUGGGUGUGUCCGUGGCCCCGCCCUACAGGGACCGCGUCACCUUCAAGAACGGAGCGGUGAGGCGACGGACUCCGACGCUUGAAGACACCACCAUCACCUUCUCCGGGCUCCGCCUCUCUGACGAGGCCACGUACAUCUGUGAAUACACCACGUUCCCCGCAGGGAACCGAGAAAACACGGUUAACCUCACCGUAUACGUUCGGCCAACAACUCAGAUGAGUCUGUCCACGCCGACGCUGGUGGCUCGUUCAUCCAAUCUGAAAACUCCAGUGGCCACCUGCGUCUCUGCCAAUGGAAAACCACCUGGUACCAUCAGGUGGGAGACGAGGGUGCCGGGGGAGGUGACCACCCGAGAGUACAGAAACUCAGACGGGACGUUCACCGUUCAGAGCGACUACAUUUUGGUGCCAAGCAGAGAAACACACAAGGAGACGCUCACCUGUGUCACGACCUACAACGAGGAGGUCUUCACCGACAGCGUCACCCUCGAUAUUCAGUAUGAGCCAGAUGUUUCGGUGGAUGGGUUUGAUGGAAACUGGUAUCUGAACCGAGAGAACGUCCAGCUGAGCUGCCAAGCUGAUGCCAACCCUGCCGUCUCUCUGUAUCAGUGGAGACUGAUUAAUGGCUCCAUACCGAGCAAUGCCGAGAUCCGAGACAACGUCCUUACCUUUAAAGGGCCGGUCACAUAUGACGUGCAAGGCACCUACGUGUGUGAUGCAACCAACAGCAUCGGGACACGGUCAGGCUCUGUGGAGGUCAGCAUCAUAGAAAAGCCACUUCCGCAGAUCGCAACAGGUGAUGUCAUCAGUGUAAUUGCCUUGUUACUGGCUGCUGGAGUCCUCAUGGGCAUCACUAUCACAGUCCUGGUGCUCAAAAUAAGAAGUAGAAAAGACAACUCCUCAAGUGACUCUCCAUCCAGAAAACUGUCUCAGCCGGUAAGGAAAAGACCAGGAGAUGACAUCCAGCAUUCAGGACGAUUUUAUGAAGAGCUUCCGAACACAGCAGACUAUGUGAGCUACAGACUGGCCUGUAACAAGGAGGACUACCCAGAGCCGUACUCCCCUCCCAUCAACCCUCCGCUGUCAUUUCUGCCCCAGCACCCCUACCACUCCUCACAACCAACCACUGCAACCAACAGCAGCAGCAGCACCGCCACAUCAAAAAACACCUUCUCUCCUCCAUCACACACCACGGCCAUCUUUAAAUACCCCUCGGUACAGGGCCUGUCCUCUCCUCCGCCGGGAGUGGCAGCGUACACUUUUCCCAAAGAGCAGUAUGUCUGAACAAUGUUACCAACUCACACCUCUUCCGAGAGCUCAGAGGAAACAACCCGAUUUAAAGCCGAGAGGAGGUUGUUGUUUAACGGCGGACUAUCAGGCAGUGUCGCACUGUCUGCACCAUUGUGGAUGGCUCUGGAAGUCAAAGGACAAUGCAGCUUUUGUUUUUGGACUGGGAAUUAAGUCCAAUUUUGAAACACUUUCUCUCUUUUGUCCUGUCUUUUAUUGUGUUAUCUAUUGUUUGAAAAGGGAAGAUUGUUGAACCAUGUUUCAUAUACUUGCCAGCCAGUUUAAGUGUUAGGAUAGAGAAAGGUCAAGUUCAAGGUGAUUUGACUGUCAUUGGAAGAAUUCAUAUUGCGUGGAUGUAUUACAUUUGGAAGAUACUGAGUGGAUAGGAUUAUCUCUUGAUGUCCAAUGUGGUUGACCUCCUCUAUGGUAUAACUAUGGUAUAAUUUUGUAAAGAAAAAAAAAGAGAAAAUAAAAAAAUGACUAUAGUUUCCUACUUUGUCUGUAUGCCCACUCUCCUAAUCCUGUGUUGUACACACUGAUGAUCCCCUUACUGAGAAACAGCACACCCCACCUUUUGCUUUUACCUCCUGAUCUGAUGUAAUACUUUUACUGUGGUUGUAUUUUGUAUCAUUUAUGUUUUUCUUUGCAAAGAAAAACACAUUUUUAUUCACUGAAGACAUUUUUGUUGAUUUAUGAAAUUUAUGUUUCUA